AUGGAUGCGGAUAAGCGGAAGCGCGACGACGGAGGAGAAUUAGAGGGGAAGAGAGCGAGAGGAGUCGAGGAAGAUCGUAAAAGAGGUCAGGAGACGGUAACGGAGGAGGAGGUGGAGGAGUUCUUUGCGAUACUCAGGCGGAUACAGGUGGCAGCCAAGCACUUCCGCAGGACAGCGUCGAUGGAAUGGAGGCGCUCUUUCGAAGUUGAAGAUUUUGAGGAAGAUAACGAGUCUCUUAUGAUGAAAGACCAAAAACAGGAAGAGAAAAAAAGGGAGGCGGGGGCGGAUACGGGUUUGGAUCUUAACACACAUCCCGUAUGA